AUGGCAUUUAUAUUCUUCGUUGUGUACGGGAUUUCCGUAGGGAUGAUGCUUCACGUGAAAAAGACAAAUUUUGUUCAAUGGAAAAGACAUCGGGGCACCUUGCAGUUUUCACAAAGUUAUCAGGUUCGCGAAAAUGUCGCUUCUGCUACAUAUCUCUAUAACAGCUUUUUCGUGCUUUCAAUUCAAACUAUUAUCGGAUGGAUCUGCAUAGUAAUAUAUCUCGUUUUCAGGAAGAUUUAUUUGGUUCCCAUACUCGAAAAGAUUUUCGGUUUUGUUUUCGAUGUGAUGGUAGCUCUACUUACAACAACAAUUCCGCUGACUAUCAUCAAAUAUAAUGAGAAGCUAAGAGCAAAGUUUCUUAAAAUAUGUAGCAAAAUAUGCAAUUCUAAGGAACAACUGGAAGGAACGAACGCGCGACAUUUUGUUGAUCUUGAGGGAACGAGAAUUAAGGUUGAGACACGAGAUGAAACUGCUGUAUAUUUCAAUCAGUUCACACAAGCCUGGUCCUAA